AUGACCGUUUGGCAAGACAUACAGAGCCUGGGUGACGUGCUGUAUCAGAUAGCCUUUAUAUUCCCCUACACUGCCUACACCACGCCGUACCGGCGCACUAUCCCUCUGCCGUCAGACGAGUCAUCCUCGUCACAAUCACCAACACCUGCGACAUCCUCCCCGAAUCAGGAAAGUAUGGGUCCUGACAAGGACGCGGCCGUCAACGGCGCCGCCGAGACUUUCUCCGACAAGACCUUUUCGUAUUGCACCUCGAAGGAAUCGGUGUCCGCGCUGCUUGCCGCGGAUCCCACCUUGGCGCCCGGCGAUGCUUGGCGCAGGCUCUACGGGCACCAUGUGCCCAAGCUGUCGAGCUCCAAGUCGAUGAAAGACUGCGGCAAGGGUGAGGUGUCACAGGAGAACCUCGGGAGGGCAGAGCAGUGCGGCAAAUUCGGUCCGACGCAGCCAAGUGAUCUGUUCUUACGGCUGUACCACGACGCACUGUGCACUCUUCACGACAACCCGCAGCGGGCCAUGGUGAGCCCUUCGCUCAUGGGCAGCUGUGGCGUUGUGCCGCUGACCAUCAUCUCUGUAAUCCCCGACAUUGUGCGACACAUGGGUAAUGUCAUUGUCCGAGCUGAGAAGGAGGUCUUCUUGGCUACCAACUACUGGCAGAACAGCCACGCCUCCAAGUUCAUCACCAACGCCAUGCGUGAGCUCUCACGCCGUGCCGGCGAGCGGGGCGAGAAGGUCGUGAUGAAGAUCAUCUAUGACCGCGGCAGUGUCAAGCAGCUCAUAGAGCCGCACUACAUCGUUCCAGAGAAGGAAUACACUGGUAAGGAAGUCGGCCUUCCCCAUCCGCACGAGAUCCCAAACAUCGAUCUCGAGGUCAUGAACUACCAUCACCCCAUGCUGGGCACCUUCCAUGCCAAGUAUAUGGUCGUCGACCGCAAGGUGGGCAUCCUCCAGAGCAACAACAUCCAAGAUAACGAUAAUGUCGAAAUGAUGAUUCAUCUGGAGGGCCCCAUUGUCGACUCGCUGUACGACAUGGCCUUACUUUCCUGGAACAAGAAGCUGACCCCGCCCCUGCCGAGCUACAACUCUCCAGCCGCGCAGGGGGGUAUCGGCAGCUUUGGGGACAAACACGACGGCAUCUUUGGUCCGGACGGUACGAUCAAGGGCCAUAAGGCCAUCAUCGACCCCACAAAGAUGCGCCAGAGACAGGCAUUCGGUGCUCAGCAGACCAAAGAAGUUCAGGAGCCCGGUGCCGUAGACGCGGCAGACGGCGACCAGCAUAGCACCAACCCCGACCGUGCUGACCCCCUGACGGGACCGACCACCACAACAAGCACACUGCAUCCUCAUGAGCCUAGCGCUGCUAGCGGAGCGUCAACUGAUGUUAAAUUUGCGACCAGCUCAUCCGUCCGUGCAACCCAGGGACCCAGCAAUCCGCCACUGUCGCAGAACAAUGCAACGGGGCCCGAUGCCGAGACACAAGACUUCCUGGCGGGCGGCACCCAGCCUCUCUCGCAGUUGCAGAUCAAAGAUCCGGUCGGGAUCGACACCCCGUUCCCGGAGGACACGGCAGACGACCCACAGUUCGACAACGACAUCGCCGACGAGGUGGCGCGGGUGCAGGCCCUCGUCUCGGCCAAGCCGGGCGAGACGCAGAUGGAGGCCAUCUCGCGGCACCUCAACCACACGACCAACGUCGGCUUCCGCGGCGACGCGCCGGACUUCGCGGCCGAGGACGAGAUGACGCCCUGCAUCCCGCACAGGACGCACGAGCCCUUCCCCAUCGCCAUGGUCUGCCGCUCGCCGUACGGCCCGCCCAACCACAUGUCGGUCGAGAUGCCGCAGAACGCGGCCUGGCUGUCGGCGCUGCGCAACGCGCGCAAGAACGUGUUUAUCCAGUCGCCGACGCUCAACGCCGAGCCGCUGCUGCCCGCCAUCGUGGAGGCGUGCGAGAGGGGGGUCGAUGUCUACUGCUACAUCUGCCUGGGCUACAACGACAUGGGAGAACUCCUCCCCAUGCAGGGCGGCCACAACGAGCUCAUCGCGCACACGCUGUACAAGACGCUCUCGGAGGAGGGCAGGCAGCGCCUGCACUACUUCUGGUACGUGGGCAAGGACCAGACGCGGCCCAUCGUGCAGGAGAAGCGCCGGCGCUCGUGCCACAUCAAGCUCAUGAUCGUCGACGAGCGCGUCGCCAUCCAGGGCAACGGCAACCAGGACACGCAGUCGUGGUUCCACUCGCAGGAGGUCAACGUCAUGCUCGAGAGCGCCGACGUCUGCGCCGCGUGGAUCGACGGCCUGCGCCGCAACCAGAACACGCACCUCUACGGCCAGCUCAGCCGGACGGACGGCGUGUGGCGCGACGCGGCGGGCAAGGAGGCCGACGGCGCGACGGGCGUCGACCCGGGCAGGUUCAGCUGGGCCAGGGGCAUCCUCGGGGCGGUCAAGAGGGUGCAGGGCACGGGAGGGUUCUGA